GCCGUCGGCUUCCUGCCCGUCCACCCGUUCGCCGGUACAUUGGGCAAGUUCAAUCGUUCGUCCCUCCAGCCGCCCGUGCGUCUUCCGGCACUCGGGAUUUUGGGAUAGGCUGCGACAUAAUUUCUUGCGCUGGAAAGUGUGCGGAGUCUUCGCGAACGCCACGAAGAGAUCCACCGGAAUCUAUCAAGAUCCUGGGAUUCUCGCAGUGGAACACCGUCGCGAAAGGAAAUGUCGGAUCGUGCCUGCGUUCACUGUGGCCAUCGUGAGGGCUCCUGCUCGGGAUCCCCGGUCCCGCCGCCUGGAGACCGGGGCCACCUCUGGGACUGGUUCGAUCGGAAGAUGGAGGAAAUGCACGAGGACCUGGUGCGCGAGCGCGAGAAGAUCUUCGGACCCACCUUCGGCGACGUUCGCGGUUUCCUAAGUCCGCAGCGACGUCAGAGAAUGUUCGACACGAUGUUCCCGGACCGACCCGGAUACCACAUCGGAGCUCCGCAACCUCCACGCUUCGAGAGAGAUACGAAAAGCGGUCUCAUGAGACUGGAGCUCGAGACCGGAGAGGAAAUCACCCCGGAAGAAGUCGAAGUCAAAGUGCAUGGACGCGACGUAUCUUUCCACGCCAAGCACGAGAAACGGAGCAACGAUGGAAGAGACUAUUCGUUCAGAGAGAUCCACCGUCAGUUCCCCGUGCCCGAGGAGGCGAAUAUCGAACGUCUAGAGGCGAAGCUAGAAGGUGGAAAAGUGGUGCUGACGGCACCACCAUUCGACGUCCGUCGGAAGAGGAAGGACGAACUGGAGAUCCCCGUCAAAGUCCUCCGGAGCGAACUCUAAUCGCAUGAUUGUAGACUCUGCAGUCGCAUGAGCUAUCGGCGCAAUCCCGAGUUUGUUUCCAUGGUUUGGAUGCCGCGUUCCUCGAGAAGCAGUUGCGUUUGGAGGUUCCUACGUGUUGUGCCAGUGUGUGUUUCUGCCAAGAAGCGAUUCGGCCCGAACCAGAAGCUCGAAUCCAACAGGAGCUUAGAUGCGCAGCUCUGGAAAAGCCACAAAACUGCCUCAGGGCACUGUUUGUGUAUUGAAGAGGCAGCCACGUAGUAGAGCCGACCCUCUGUGUCUUUAUCGAUGCCUUUCUUGUUCGACGAAGCACCACAGAUCUUCCUUCCAAAUAUUUAUUCACCCUCUCGGGAAGAGAUAUUCGCUUUUUCGGUCCGGGGCGGGCGGCUCGUCAAAGGAGAAUCAGUCCGUGGGUGAUUCUUCACGUCUCAGUCCAUGCAUCCAUUCAUCUAUCUAUGGCCUGGUCGUCGCACCACUGCAUGUUUCCUUCUGAUUGUGCGGCGGUCCCUUUUCCCUCA